AUGUCACUUCCGCAAGAUCUUAAAUCCCUAUAUGUUAAAUGGUUAGAUGAUGAGAUUCAAAAAGUGUCUGCCAAGCAGGAGAGGCUAGCUAUGGUUUAUACCAAAGCCCUGGAUAAUUUACGCCGGUAUGACGCAGAAAUUGGCAAUCCAAAUGAACUGCUGAAGAUUAAGGGAAUUGGUAAUACUAUCAAAAACCUUCUCAAGCAAAGACUCUCCGCGCACUGCGAAGAAAUAGGUGCUGCCAUGCCCGAUGACUCUAUUACUGACGGUGAUAAUGACAAGCAGCAGCGAAUAAGAAUACGAGCAUUAGGGAAAGAUGAUGAUGCUGAUAGCGAAAAGCCGAAGAAAAAACGGAAGUAUGUACCGAAAAGAAGAUCAGGAGCCUACGCUAUUCUUCUCGGCUUGCUCGAGGGAAACGGACUUCGAGGUGGAAUGUCCAAAGAUGAGCUCACAAAAGGUGCUCGCAAAUAUUGUGAUAAUAGCUUUCAUGCCAACCCUUCAACAAGAGAGUUUCAUAGCGCAUGGUCUGCAAUGAAAACUCUGCUCGAUCGGGAACUUGUCAUUGAAGAAGGUAGGCCCAAACGAUAUAUACUCACCGCUGAUGGCGAGACGAUGGCAGAGCUUCUGAAAAGAACGGAUGGCGUAGUGUUUGAAGAUGAGGAGGAGUACGAAAGGCGAAAGCAUAACAAAACCAAGCGUAACGACGACAUAGAAGCAAACAAUUCAUGCGAGAUAUCAGCUAAUUUGAGUGAGCUGAUGAAACGCACCCGAUCCAGCUCAAAGGCUGAUAAUGUAGAUCAUUAUCCCACACCUCACCCAAAGGCAAGCGCCUUGCCGGAAUUUGUCGAGCCUGCACGUAAAACUCAUUCCAUUUCAAUCUCAUCUCCAUCCGAAUCUUCGAAAGAUACUCCAAUACCACGAGAUCAAGCGCUAUUACACAGUAGUAAGGACAACAUCAUUCGAGCACGGUGGAACAAAAUAAGCUAUGAAGUUUGGGAACCUAGCAGUUAUGAUAUUGUUUUAAUCAUUGAUCAUCGAGAGGUAAGGUCACAAAAGGAUCGAGAGUUUUUCGCCAAUAAGUUAACUGAAAGAGGUAUUGAAACGGAUAUAAGACAACUGUCUCUGAGUGAUAUGCUUUGGAUUGCUAGGCACAAAAUUUCGAAAAGGGAAUGCGUCUUGAAUUUCAUACUUGAGCGUAAGCGGUUGGAUGACUUUGCAAUGAGUAUCAUGGAUAAUCGGUUUCUGGAACAAAAGAACCGAUUGAAAAAGACAGGAAGCAAACAUAUAUAUUACCUUGUCGAAGAGACAUCAGCAAAUGAUACGAGCGUGAAUCGAAUGGCAGAAGCUAUUAGAACAUCAGUAUGGUUAACAAUGAUAUACAAUGAUUUUCAUGUGAAGCGUACGAAAAACUCAGAUGAGACUGUUGAUUGGCUUCAAAGCAUGACAAGCGUGAUCAAGAACUGCUAUUCCACAUUGCGACUUUUAGUUAUAAGCCCGCGUGAUCUUAAAUGCCAAGAGGACUAUGAAGCAUCCCUAACGCUAUUUAGAAACCAAUUUGAACGCACGGACGAGAUUGAAUGCUGCCAUAGGUUUGAUUGUUUUCAGGAAGUAAUGGGAAAAACAUCGCUUAUGACAGUAAAAGAGCUUUAUCUAAGAGCGUUAAUGCUGAAUAAAGGCGUCUCAUUGGAAAAGGCCUUAUCUAUUCAAGCAAAAUUUCCCACUCUUAAACAACUCUUACUCGCUUAUAAAAAAUGUAAGACCAGGGAGGACGCUAAGAUGAUGAUUGCAAAUACCAUGAAAGACGAGCCUGGUAAUAGAAAAAUUGGAAAAGCGCUCUCGGAAACUCUUUGGAAAACUUUUGGGGAAUGCGAUAAUGUAUAG